AUGCUUUCCAACGCUAUUUACGCUUUUUGCAACGAGCUUUUUAACGCAUUGGCCGCACGCGCGCAUGCAAAGGGCUAUAAUAUCGUUUUGCACGAUAAUUACAAAUCCGCCGGCAAAAUUUUCCGCACCCAAAUGCGCUAUGCCAAAAAAGGCGUGCUUAAGCAACAACCCAACGUUGCCGAUACCUAUAAGGCCAAAAAGCGUAAAACAAGCACAAAAGGCACUAAUUGUCCCUGGAUAACCGCCUUUAAACGCAUGGGGGCGGGCUGGGUAAAGGUCCCUUACGUUAAUCUCGGUCAUAACCACCCGUUGGCCGAUAACCUUGCCGCUUUUACAAACUUCCGACGAAAGUCCUUGCAAAUUUGCAAGGAACGAAUCCUUGCCCUUUGGAAGGCAAGGCUUCGUCCGUUAGCCAUUAUGCAAAGCUUACGGGCAAAGCGGCCGAAAAGGAUUAAUUUUACCCGCAAAAACCUCGGCAAUUUCCUAUAA